AUUGAAAUUAAGAUGGGAUUGCCGCUACUCCUCUCCUCAUCUUCCCUUCCAACUCCUUCUCCUGCUCUCGAGGGUUCUAGGGUUUUGGCUUUCGCCGGAUCUUAAUCUGCUCGAGUGUUUCGCCUACUUUGAAGAAGGAGAUAGUAUUGCUUGGUCGCUCGCUCGCUAGUUCCAGCAAUGAAGAAAAAGCUCGACACUCGCUUCCCCGCUGCUCGCAUCAAGAAGAUUAUGCAAACUGAUGAAGACAUAGGGAAGAUAGCGAUGGCUGUGCCUCUUCUAGUUUCAAAAGCUUUGGAGCUGUUCCUGCAAGAUCUGUGUGAUCGAACCUACGAUGUAACUCUGCGGAGAGGAGCCAAGACCUUGAAUUCAUCGCAUCUGAAACAAUGUGUCCAGAACUUUAACGUCUUUGACUUCCUAAGAGAAAUCGUCAGCAAGGUUCCUGAUAUGGGUGGUCCUGAAGCUGCCAGUGAUGAUAACCAUUGCGUCAAAAGAAGGAAAGUUGCUGAUGUUGAAGGCAAUGGGAAUGAUGAAGAGUUCCAUAGGGGUGUCAAAGCUCAUGAUAUUGUCAGCCACACAACAAGCAACGGCAGAGGGCGUGGUCGCGGAAGAGGUAGACCUCGUGGGAGUGGUAGGACUACUGUUGAGAGGCAGCAUCCUACAGCCCACUACGACAAGUACGAAGACGACCCUGAUUUGGGGCAUGGUGAUGAUGACGAAGACGAUGAUGGGAAAUAUAGUCCUGGUGUCGUGGAAAGAUUGAACAACAAUGGCGGGCAGCCCCGUUCGAACCUGAAGGAAAAUGUUCCACCAUCCUUGAAUUGUGGGACACCUGUUCAUGAUUUCGACCUGAAUGCCGACUUGGAUGAGAACGGAGAAUCGAAGCCAGUUUCACCUCCUCCUCCUGCUGCUGCACCACCACUUGUUCUGUUCCCUGCAUCUGCUGCUGCUGGUCAACAACCGAGCCUCUCGCCGAAGUCACCUCUACUGAAGAAACACAUGGAAUUCCUUGGCUGGUCGUUUGCUGAUGUCGAGAAGAUGGAUAUUGACCCCAGCCAGCUAGCAAAUUUGAACAGGAUGGAUGAGGAUGAUGAGGAGGAUUAUGAUGAAGAAGAUUGAAGCUCUAGCUUUGGCCGAUUGUAUAUUCUAGUAGUCUAGAAGUAGCCAAGUAGAAUGCCUAGUCGGUAGAACCACAGUUGGGAUGUUAGAAACCUGAAGGGAUGGAUGAUUGUUGUAGGGCUAGGUCGGAAUGGGCUCGUCUUUUUUUUUCAUCUAUGCAGAGAGCCUUUGUAACAUAGAGAUAGCUUCAUGUAACCGGGGUUUGGUAGUGUUUUUUGGAUGCUUUGGCCCGGUUGGUUCAUUGGACCGUUUUGGAAUGGUAAACAGUAAACAGCAAAGUUACUGAAAAGAUUUGGGGCAGUAAUUUGGAACCUACGGUAUUCUUCAUAUUGUAAA